AUGUCCACCCCGAUUCGCAAAAAGCGAAACUUCAAGGCUCUCCAGCUCUCUACUCCCGGAGAGCCAGCUCCCGUUGCGCCGCCCGAACCAGAACCGGUUGCCAUCCGACAGGCUCCAGCGCCAACGGCGCCGUCUGGUGGCAAGCGUCGGCCUCCUCCGAUGACACUCAAGGCGCCGAAGCUACCGCCAAGCACCACAUCAACCUCCACAGCGGCACCGGGAGAGGACAAUACCCUGCUGACGGUCGCCAAUGGGGCGAAUUCCGCACCAAACACGGCCUCACCACACAUCAGCAAGCGCAAUACAUACCACACUGCACUGUCCAACACCCUCGCCAACCUUGACUUGAACAACGAGACCAAACUCGACCUGCGGAACGAAGACCUGAGGGAGAUUCGGGAGUUGGGGCAAGGAAAUGGGGGGAGCGUGAAACUAGUCGAGCAUACGCCGACUGGGAAAAUCAUGGCAAAGAAGAUCGUCCUCAUCGACGCGAAGCCGGCUGUGCGGAAACAAAUCCUCCGGGAGCUCCAGAUAAUGCACGAUUGCCACUCAAACUACAUUAUUUCCUUCUGGGGAGCCUUCCUCUCCGAUCCUAAUAUUUGCAUUUGCAUGGAGGCGAUGGACAAGGGCUCUCUCGACGGGAUCUACAAGAAAACCGGCCCAAUCAACAUCGACGUCGUGGGCAAAGUGGCAUUGGCGGUGCUUGAAGGACUGACAUAUCUUUAUGAUGUUCACCGAAUCAUUCAUCGCGACAUCAAACCGUCUAACAUUCUCUUCAACUCAGCGGGCGAGAUCAAGAUAUGCGACUUCGGUGUUUCUGGAGAGCUCAUCAACUCUAUAGCAGACACCUUCGUCGGGACAUCGACAUACAUGAGCCCUGAAAGAAUUCAAGGUGCACAGUAUACUGUCAAAUCCGAUGUCUGGUCACUGGGAAUCUCGCUGAUUGAACUUGCUCUCGGACGCUUCCCUUUCUCCGAAUCCCUUUCGGAUGACUCUGAUCUUUCCGAUCUCGAGGGUACACUCUCCCCCGCUCGCCCUGGCUCCAUUAACUCACUCGCCGCGCUCGGCAUCCCACCUCGCAAACCAAAAGAAACGUCGAAAAAGGACAAGCGGAAGAGUAAGGGUGUAAGUUUACAAGGAGGAGGCAUGACGAUGAGUAUUCUGGAGCUGCUGCAGCACAUCGUCAAUGAGCCGGCACCUAGGUUGUCGGGCUUCCCAGCGAUGGCGGAGGCCUUCGUGGACAGCUGUCUGUUGAAGGAUCCGGAUAUGCGCAAAACGCCGAAGGAUUUAUUGAAUGAUGACUGGAUAGUAUAUUCACGAACUUCGCCGAUCGACCUACAGGCAUGGGCUGCGACUUUCUGA